GCCUGAGGGCUGAGCUGCGCUGCAGGUCACCCGGCUGGGUAGAGCGGGAUCGGCUGGUUGGACGUUCCUGGGGAGCAGCAUCCCUGCCGGCUGGGAGCUGACGGAGGGCGUCUCCACACCGGGGGGCAGUCGGGGACCCGCCUGAUCUCUCCCGACCCGGCCUUGUUCGGCCGUACCCAGUGUCCCUCCCCGGAGCAGGCUCGUCGGGUCUCCUCAGGUUAGCGGGUGUGGGUACCAUCCCGGCCGGGGAUGCAGGUGUCUGCGCGCCUGGGGCUGUGGAGUCCGGGAGGUGGGGCGCCAGGCUGCACCUCGCUGUGUGACCCUGGGCCAGUAGCUGACCCUCUCUGGGCCUCUGCCCGCUGCAUCGGCUGUGGGUGGAGGUGACCACGUCUCCACCCCACUCUAGACCCAGUGUCCCACAGCGCGUGCCUUGAGAUCCGUAGCCCUUCACGGGGUUCCUAGCCCAUCCUGGGGUAAUCCUGGAAUAACAGAGGGUGGGGCCCAAAGGCUGCCUCAGCUUGUUGGGGUCUGCUGCUGUUCUCUGUAUCCUUGGCUGUUCCCGACCCCACCUCCCCCGGGAGUGCUGGUGUACAUCCUUCCAGAAAGCCUGGGUGGAACGGAGCCGCAGCCAUGAAAGGCCGGCAAUGGACAAGAUCCUGGAGGCGGUGGUGGCGUCUGCGCACCCGGUCAGUGUGAAGCAGGGUCUGGUGCGGCGCGUGCUGGAGGCGGCACGGAGGCCGCUGGAGCGCGAGCAGUGCCUGGCGCUGCUGGCCCUGGGCGCGCGCCUUUAUGUAGGCGGCGCCGACGAGCUGCGGCGGCGCGUGGGCUACCAGCUGCUGCACGUGGCAGGUCGCCACCACCCAGCCGCUUUUGCCGAAUUCUUCAGCUCGCGUCGCGUGCUGCGCCUGCUGCAGGGCACGGCCGGGGGCCCCCCGGAGGCGCGCGCGCUGGCCUGCGUGCAGCUGGGGCUGCAACUGCUGCCUCCCGGGCCUGCAGCCGAUGAGCUGUGCGCGCUGCUGCGGCGCGAGGUGCUGCGCGCGGCCUGCGAGCGCCCCAGCCCGGCCGCCUGCGCCCAGCUGGCCCGGCUGCUGGCGCGCCACCCGCUCUGCGUCCCGGACGGUGCGCACCGCCUGCUCUUCUGCCAGCAGCUGGUGCGCUGCCUCGGCCGCUUCCGCUGCCCGGCCGCUGGCGACGAGGGCGCCGUUGAGUUCCUGGAGCAGGCCCAGCAGGUGAGCGCGCUCCUGGCGCAGAUGUGGCGCUUGCAGCCCACCGCCGUCCUGCCCUGCCUCCGGGAGCUCUUCGCAGUCAUCUCGGCCGCAGAUGAGGAGCCACCAUCCUGCGCCCUGGCCAGUGUGGUCCAGUACCUGCCGCUGGAGCUUCUGGACGGCGUCGUGCGGAACCUCAGCAACGAUGACAGCGUGACAGAUGCUCAGAUGCUGACAGCCAUCAGCAGGAUGAUGGAUUGGGUGUCCUGGCCACUGGGGAAGAACAUUGACAAGUGGAUCAUCGCGCUGCUCAAAGGCCUGGCUGCUGUGAGAAAGUUUAGCAUCUUGAUCGAGGUGUCACUUAACAAAAUUGAGAAGGUCUUCUCCAAGCUUCUGUACCCCAUUGUCCGGGGUGCUGCCCUGUCUGUCCUCAAGUACAUGCUCCUGACCUUUCAGCACUCCCACGAGGCCUUCCACUUGCUCCUGCCUCACAUCCCCCCCAUGGUGGCCGCUCUGCUGAAGGAGGACUCCAAUGCAGGGAACAGCUGCCUGGAGCAGCUGGCGGAGCUGGUGCACUGCAUGGUGUUCCGUUUCCCUGGUUUCCCUGACCUGUAUGAGCCCAUCAUGGAAGCUAUCAAGGACCUCCAUGUCCCAGAUGAGGACCACAUCAAGGACAUGCUGGGACAGGAUGCCUGGACCUCACAAAAGAGCGAUCUGGCUGGUUUCUACCCCCGGCUUAUGGCCAAGUCCGACACGGGCAAGACUGGCUUGAUCAACCUGGGCAACACAUGCUAUGCGAACAGCAUCCUCCAGGCCUUGUUCAUGGCUUCUGAAUUUCGUCAUUGUGUGCUCCGCUUGACUGAGAACAACUGUCAGCCCCUGAUGACCAAGCUACAGUGGCUCUUUGCCUUCCUGGAGCAUAGCCAGAGGCCUGCCAUCUCUCCGGAGAACUUCCUCUCUGCCUCCUGGACACCCUGGUUCAGCCCUGGCAUCCAGCAGGACUGCUCCGAGUACCUCAAGUACUUGCUGGAUCGGCUGCACGAGGAGGAGAAGACCGGGAUCCGCAUCCACCAGAAGCUGAGGCAGUCCAGCACUCCUGGCCCGCCCGUGGAGCCCCCGCAACCGGCACCCACCAUCGUGGAGAGCAUGUUUGGGGGCAAGAUCGUGACCCGCAUCUGCUGCCUGCGCUGCCUCAACGUCUCCUCGCGGGAGGAAGACUUCACUGACCUCUCCCUGGCCUUCCCGCCCCCGGAGCGCCAAAGCCUGGGCUCUGGGGAACGCCCCACUGAGGUCUCUGGGGCCUGGGGGUAUGCCCCAACAUCACUAUCCCCAGUACAGAGUGCAAACAGGCCGGGUCCCCAAAGGCAGAGGAAACACCAUAUCAGAGGGGAUGCCCCACCUUGCCUGCUGGAUAUGAAAGGCUUGGAUCCCCAGGGCCCUGGGGCACAGGGGGUGGAGAGGGAGCUGGAGCGGGAGGAGGAGGAGGAAGCAGAGAGGAGCCACAACGACGAGGAGGAAGAGGAACAGAGGAAGGAAGGGAAGAAGAAAGAGGAGGUAGAGGUAGAGGAGAAAAAGGUGGAGGAAGAGGAGAAAGAGAAGGUGGAGGAAGAGAAGGAGAAAAAGGAGGUGGGAAAAAAGGUGGAAGAAGAGAAGAAGGUGGAGGAAGGGAAGGAGAAAAAGGAGAUGGAGGAAGAGGAGAAAGAGGAGGUGGAGGAAGAGGAGAAAAAGGAGGUGGAGAAAGAGAAGGAGGUAGAGGAAGAGAAAGAGAUGGAGGAGAAGGAGGAGGAGAAAGAGGCUGGGCCGGAGAAGGAGGGAGCUGGUGGCCGGGGUGCAGGGACCCCGCGGGAGACCUCCGGUUCCCAGGGCUCAGGCUCGCGCUCAGUGCUGGACCUGGUCAACUACUUCCUGUCCCCGGAGCGGCUGACCGCGGAGAACCGCUACUUCUGCGCAGCGUGCGCGUCGCUGCAGGAGGCGGAGCGCGCGGUGGAGCUGAGCCACGGGCCGCGCUACCUGGUGCUGACGCUGCUGCGUUUUGCCUUCGAGCUGCGCGCGGGGCGGCGCCGCAAGAUCCUGGAGGCCGUGGCAGUGCCGCGCCUGCUGCGCCUGCCGCUGGCUGGGGGUGCGCUCACGUACGAGCUGAGCGCCGCGGUGGUGCACUCGGGGCCGUCCCCAGACGGCGGCCACUACUACUGCUACGCGCGCGAGGGCGCCGCCCGCUGGCUGCUCUUCAACGACGCGCGCGUGUCCCUCUCCUCCUUCGAGUCGCUCAGCAGCGUCACCGCGCGCUUCCCCGCAGACACCGCCUACCUGCUGCUCUACCGCCUGCGCCCCGAGCCCCAGCCCGAGCGAGGCGCCCUCCGGCCCCCCCGGACCAAGCCCGCCCUACACAGGGAGCUGAUGGAGGCCAUCUGCAAGGACAACACGCUCUACCUGCAGGAGCAGGAGAAGGAGGCCCGUAGCCAGUCAACCUACAUCUCUGCCCUGCCCUCCUCUCUCAACUGGGGGAGGGGCUUUGACGAAGACAAGGAUGAGGAUGAAGGCUCUUCAGGAGGCUGCACUCCAGGUGGUGGCAAUGGCGGUGACUUCCACAGACUGGUCUUCUAGGGGCAGGGUACCCCCAGCCUGCACCCCUUCCUUCUGGGAGUUGGUAGUGGUCUGGGACCCAGGCAAGAAGCCUGGCAGGUGGGGCCUCCUGCAGCUCUGGCCUCAGAGGUGCUGGAAUGUUCUCUCCAGAUCAUAUACCCAAGUGUCCUGGUAUCCUGGAAACUCUGAGAAGGACACCCCCUGGCCUGCUCUCCUGCUCCUUGCAGGCCACUGCCCAGACACAGCUCUCACACCUGGGGACAGUUCCCUUGGCUCUCAUGCAUGGGGAUAGUCCCCUUGCUCUGGAGUGUAACCACAGAGAAGGGUACUGUGCCUCCUCCUCCUCCAGCCUCCUUGUGCCCCCAAAGGGAGUUCAGGUGCCUAUGCUGUUGGGAGUGGGGGGCAUGGCCUGGAGAUCAGAGUUAAGCCCCUCCCUCAGAAAACAGGGCACUCCCCUCCCCCUGCCUCAGUGCCUGAGAUGCCUCCCUUUGCACCCCCUGUGCUUAGGGGUGGCCUUUCUGGCUGCAGGAGUUUGUUUCUCAGGAAGCCCUGUCUCUGUGGAGGAAGGCUGUGGGCUCAUCCCCUCAGCGGGGCAUCAGGGAAGAGGGGCAGAUGUGGACCUCCUGUGUCCUGACACCACUGAAGGAAAGCCCCACCCCCACCCCACAUCCCCACAUAGGAGUAAACAGCCUUCAAAGAUGCCUGUGACCCAGGUGACAGUGGCCCAAAGUGAGAGCAGGAAUGGUGGGGAAAGAAGGGGGUUCACCUGGAUUUGGCUCAGAGCCUCAGUUCCCACUUCUCUCAGCUGCUUCACCUCAGCCUCAUUGUCACUAUGUUUUCAUGUGAAACCAUCCCGUUCUCUUUUGUCUCUGUUGUCUCUCUGCAGUCCUGAGAAGUGCUAAGAAUCCCACCCCUCAGCUCCUGAAGUAUCGCCCCACUAGGCAGGGCUGUCCUGGGGAAGGGUGGGGCAGGGAGAGGGAGGAAGAGGAGGUGUUAGAAAACAAGUGAUCCAAAUACCAGUGAGUCCUCUUUUCCUAGACUGCUGCUUCAGAACUCUGACAGUUUGAUUCCUUCCUGUGUGGCAGGGCAAGUUAAGCCAGGCAGUCUGCUGUGCCCUCUCCCCCUCACCCUCAGCCCUAUUUCUCUCUGGGCCUCUUCAGUCUCUGAAUUCUGAACAAUAAGAAUGCUUGCACUGAGCACAUUGGCAGAAUCCCCUCACUUGGUUGUGAAAUAUUCAGGCACUUUGCAGAGUCCAGAGGACCGGGACCAGAAGAUAUAUAGCUCAUAUGUAUACUGGGAGCAGUGUUCUUCACUCUGUCUGUCUCUCUAUAUGUGAAAUAAAAAUCAUUUUUUAAAUAAA